GCGCAGGGCGGAAGCGUGGACUUAGGCCGCGGGAGGCGCAGAAUUAAGAUGCUCUGGUUUCAAGGAAAUGGCAUCCAACUUGCCAAAUACUCCUUUGGACUCCUCUCAAGAAAUCUCUCUGCUGCUAAGACUGCUCUGCCUGUGCUGACCUUAUUCACAAAGGAUCCUUGCCCCCUUUGUGAUGAAGCCAAGGAAGUACUGAAGCCUUAUAAAAACAGGUUUAUUUUACAGGAAGUUGACAUCACACUCCCAGAAAAUUAUGCUUGGUAUGAAAGAUAUAAAUUUGACAUCCCAGUCUUUCAUUUGAAUGGCCAGUUUCUGAUGAUGCAUCAAGUAAACAUCUCAAAACUUGAAAAACAGCUCCAGAAACUUGAGCAGCAAAGCGUUGGAGGCUGAGGAAGGUUCUCAAGAUUUUCCACCUUCUCUGUCCAAAUGGCAUCUUCCUGAGGAAAUGACCAGGUCCCAAGAUUUCUUUUGUCACUUUCUUGCAACCCUAAGGAUGUUCUGAAUUCAGUGGUGCCAAAUAAAUGUUGAUAAACUUCUUCAAAUUGAUGGAAGUACUAGUGUGGAACUGUUCACCUGUUGACAUUUUAUAAAAUAAGAGUAUAUUGGCAGGGAGGGGAUGAUGGAAGGCAGGCAAAGUUAAUUUGUUUUUUCCCCUUCUUAUUAAUAUGGAAGCACUUAACAGUCACUGGACAGUGCCAUUUAUAGGAAAAAGGCUCUGAGUCCCUGCUGCUGCCCUGAAGGCUUAACUUUUUAAUGAAAGAAUAAAUGCCCUUCUACUCAAUAGAUAAAGUGAAAUGUGAAUUGUUAAUAACUGCACAGUCAAUAAAGAAAUGUUUUAACAAAUAUACCUGCAAGAAGCUUAUUUCAGUGAAACUUAAUAAUACCUGUGCAAAAUUAGAGCUCAUUUUCCUGGGAAGAAGAGAGUAAUUAUCCUAGUUGAAGAUGCUUCAUUUGAUUAAAAAAAAAAGACUUAACCCCUCAAAAUGUAUAUAAGAUUCUCAACCUGUUUUGUACAUAGUCAAAUUGUCAAUUUAUUUGCAAUACUUGAAGACCACCUUUAAUUCAACUUAUUAGAAUAUGGUAGUUUUAUCAGGUUUUAACAUCUUGGGGCAAAUUCACUUCUGACCGUAACUGGAGAGAUACGUCAUCUUAAGACAAAAUAUUCUUCAUCAUUUUAUGUAAAGUAUUAAAAAUAUAGUGUGUACCCUGAUUUCUUGGGUGGAUAACUGAGAGGUUGAAAAGCUAUGAUGACUGAGAGGUUGAGAAAGCUUCAGACAAAAUGUAAAAGAAGUUGUCUCCAUAACAUCAAAGCACAAAAUGAAGCGCAAGUGCUGAGGUAACAGCUAUAGCAAAUUAUCUAGAAGCUCUAGCUAAGAUCACUGAUAAACAAUAGAUUUUCAAUGUAGACAAAACAGUCUUCUAUUGGAAGACUGUGCCAUGUAGGACUUUUAUAGCUACAGAUUGUCAAUGCCUGGCUUCAGAGAUCCAAAGGAUAGGUUGACUCUCCUGUUUGAGGUUUAUAUUAGCCACUAGUGAGUUUAAGUUGAAGUCAGUGUUCAUUUGCCAUCCUGAAAAUCUUAGGACCCUUAAGAAUUAUGCUAAAUCUAAUUUACCUGUACUCUAUAUCAUACAAAGCCUGUAUGAUAGCACACCUGUUUGCAAGAUGGUUUGCUGAAUAUUUUAAGCCCAAUAUUGAAACUUACUGCUGAGGAAAAAAAGAAAAGAUUUAUUUCAAAAUAUUACUGUUCUGAUAAGCAUAUACAAGGAGAUGAAUGUUGUUUUCAUGCCUGCACCCACUUUACAAUCCAUCGAUCUAAGAGUAAUUUUGACUUUCAGGCCUUUUUUAUUUUUUUUAAGAUUUAUUUAUUUAUGCAUACAAGAACUGGGGUACAAGCCAGAGAUGUGGGGGGUGAGAGCAUUCACUAAAGACAGAGUGGGGAGCAAAACAGGCAGAAUGACUGAAAUACAUUGCUGAGGGGAGCAGCGGGCGUGCCACAGAGGUCAGCUGUGCCAUGUGGGUCACCUUCCCAGCCAGGGAUCAUGCUGCAGUAGCUGCAGACAGCUUCAUAGUGCUGUGUCUUAACCCCCUGUGCUACCAGGGAGGCCCCUCAAGUCCAUUUUUUAAGAAAAAUAUUUCUUAACGCUAUAGUUGCAAUUGAUAGUGAUUCCUCUGAUGGCUCUGGACAAAGUAAGUUGAAAACCUUCUGGAAGGGAUUUAUCAUUCCAGAUGCAUUAAGAAUAUUCAUGAUUCAGGCCUCCCCAGUAGCAUAAGGGGUUAAGCACAACACUCUGAAGCUAUCCACAGCUUCUCCAGCACAAGCUCGAUCCUCAACCAGGGAGCUGCCCACAUGAUACAGCAGACCUCUCCUGUCUCUCCUGCUGUUCCCCUCAGCAGUGUAUCUGCCAGUUCUGUUCCCCACUCUGUCUCUGGUUAAUCCUCUCACGCCCCUGUACGUCUGGCCUGUACCCCAGUUUGUGUAUGCAUAAAUAAAUAAAUCUUUAAAAAAAAAAAAAGAAUAUUCAUGAUUCAUGGGAAGAAGUGAAAACACUGGAAUUAACAGCAUAUUGAAAGUUGAUUUCCACCCUCAUGGAUGGCUUUGGCGGGUAGGGUGAAGACAUCAAUGGAGAAAGUAAUCACAGAUGUGGCAGAAAUAGUAAGAAAACUAGAAUUAGAGGUAAAACCUAAUGAUGUGUAAAUUGCUACAAUCUCAUGAAAAAAACUAUAAUAGAUGAUGAGUUGCUUUUUAUUAGUAAGCAAAGAAAGUGGUUUCUUCAAAUGGAGUCUACGCCUGGUGAAGAUGCUGUGAAUAUUGUUGAAAUGACAACAGAGGGCUUAGAACAUUUCAUAAAUUUAGUUGGUAAAGAAGUACCAGGGUUUGAGGGGAAUGAGUCCAAUUUUAAAAAAAAUUCUACUGUAGAUAAAAUGCUAUCAGAUGCCAUCACAGACUACAGGGAAAUGUUUCAUAAAAGGACAAGUGAAUUGAUUUGGCAAACUUCACUGUUGCCUUACUUUAAGAAAUUGCCACAAGGAUGUCCACUCUCACCACUGCUUUUCAAUAUAAUACUGGAAGUCCUAGCCAGAGCAAUAAGACAAGAGAAAGACAUACAAGGAAUCCAAAUAGGAAAAGAAGAAGUCAAACUAUCACUAUUUGCAGAUGAUAUGAUAAUAUACAUAGAGGACCCCAAAAACUCCACAGAAAAGCUAAUUCAACUCAUCAAUCAGUUCAGUAAAGUGGCAGGAUACAAAAUCAACACGCAAAAGUCAGUAGCCUUCCUAUACACAAACAAUAAAUCUGAAGAAGAAGAAAUCAA